GACCGUGAAGAUGACAUUUGGCUUGUAGAUUUUUAUGCCCCUUGGUGUGGUCAUUGCAAGAAACUGGAGCCGAUAUGGAAUGAAGUUGGUAAAGAGAUGAGAAGCAUUGGGUCUCCAGUUAAAGUUGGAAAGAUGGAUGCAACUUCAUAUUCUAGUAUUGCCUCUGAGUUUGGAGUUCGAGGCUAUCCAACAAUUAAGCUGUUGAAGGGUGACUUGGCAUACAACUAUAGAGGAUCUAGGACCAAAGAUGACAUUAUAGAGUUUGCAAACAGAGUAGCGGGGCCUGUUAUCCGACCUCUCCCUAGCCAGCAGAUGUUUGAACAUGUACAGAAGAGGCACCGGGUACUUUUUGUGUAUGUUGGUGGGGAAUCUCCAUUAAAGGAAAAAUACAUAGAAGUUGCUUCCGAACUAAUUGUUUAUACAUACUUUUUUUCUGCCUCAGAAGAGGUACUACCUGAGUAUGUGACUCUCCCUGAAAUGCCAGCUGUUCUAGUUUUUAAAGAUGGAACUUACUUCGUUUAUGAUGAAUAUGAAGAUGGUGACUUAACAUCCUGGAUAAACAGAGAGAGAUUCCAAGGAUAUCUUAAUGUAGAUGGAUUUACACUGUAUGAGCUUGGCGACACAGGCAAACUUGUGGCUAUUGCAGUUAUUGAUGAUAAAAACUUUUCUGCUGAACAUACAAGGUUGAAGUCUAUUAUUCAAGAAGUUGCUAAAGAUUACAGAGAUCACUUUCAUAGGAACUUCCAGUUUGGCCACAUGGAUGGAAAUGAAUACAUUAAUAGUUUACUAAUGGAUGAUUUGAAAAUCCCCACUGUUGUUGUGCUGAACACAUCAAAUCAACAAUAUUUCCUGCCUCAUAAACCCAUUGAGAACUCUGAAGAUAUGGUACAGUUCAUUAACGAGAUCUUGGAAGGUGCCAUAGAAGCACAAGGUGGAGAUGGAAUUCUUCAGAGAAUCAAGAGAAUAAUUUAUGAUGCCAAGUCUACUGUAGGAUCUGUUUUCAAGAGUUCCCCACUUCUGGGCUGCUUUCUCUUCGGCCUGCCACUGGGUGUCAUCAGCAUCAUGUGUUACGGAAUUUGUACGGCUGACACUGACGGAGGUGCAGGGGAAGCUGAGCCGCUGACGGAGGAAACGGCAGGCAGGGAACUGACCGACGAAGGCACCGAAGGCACUGAUGAAGGCACGGAAGAAGAACAAGAGGGGACCAACGAAGAAGCCGUGGAACUUGCGAGCGGAGAGCCAGAACCGAAAACUAUAUUGGAAAAGAAAAUAGACUAAACAGAUAGCCGAAGAGUUUCUCUGUAGAAUUUCAAAAUAGAGACUUAUUUAUUGAAUUCAGCCAUUUACCUGCAACCUUCAGAGAUAAGACUUUUUUUGUCAAGUUUUAUUUGCAUGCUUUCAAAUAGCUUGGCUGUGAGAAGGAAUG